AUGUUGCGCAACACUAGCCUUCUGCUUGUCGCGCUUUUCGCGGCGUUGCCUGUCAACGCCGAUGGACUAUACACUAAGAAUUCGCCAGUCAUUCAGCUGAACCCCAAGACCUACAACUCGCUCAUUGCGAAAUCAAAUCAUACCUCGCUCUUCGCCUCUCCCCUUCGACCUUCACUCACAUUUCAACUUAGAUUCUACGCGCCAUGGUGCGGCCACUGCCAGAACCUGAAACCGGCCUACGAAAAAGCCGCGAAAAACCUCGACGGCCUCGCGAAAGUCGCCGCGAUCAACUGCGACGAUGACGAAAACAAAGCCUUCUGCGGCCAAAUGGGCGUCCAGGGCUUCCCAACCCUGAAGAUCGUGACACCGUCAAAGAAGCCCGGAAAGCCCCACGUCGAGGACUACCAAGGCGCACGCAGCGCCAAAGCCAUCGUCGAGGCAGUCGUCGACCGCAUCCCCAACCACGUGAAGCGCGCAACCGAUAAGGACCUAGACAAAUGGCUGGGACAAAACGAGGAUCGCCCCAAGGCCAUCCUAUUCACAGAGAAGGGCACAACGAGUGCGCUGAUCCGCGCACUGGCAAUCGACUUCCUCGGCGCAAUUGACAUCGCUCAAGUCCGCAACAAGGAAUCUGCCUCGGUGAAGAAGUACGCCGUCACCGAAUUCCCGUCGCUUGUCCUCAUUCCCAGCGGCGACGCCGAGCCCAAGCUCUACACCGGCGAGCUGAAGAAAAAGCCCAUCACCGAGUUCCUGAGCCAAGCAGCCGCGCCCAACUCAGACGCGUCUGCCUCGCAAUCGAAGCCCAAGCCGAAACAAAAGUCCAAGCCCGCUUCCAAGCCUACCUCCGUCGUGGACGAUGCUGAGGACCUUAAGCCUACCGCCUCCGAGGACCAGGAUGAAACAGACCCCUCCGCCAAACCGGUUCAGGUCCCCAUUCCCGCAGCCCCCAUCCCUACCCUCUCCACACCCGAGGAGCUCGAUUCAGCCUGUCUCGCACCAAAAUCCGGCACUUGUGUCCUCGCUAUCCUCCCCGAGACAAGCGAGCCCGACGCCGUAUCUGAGCCAGCUACUGAGGCGCUCGCCAGUCUCGCUGAGAUCGCACACAAGCAUGCCCAGCGCGGAACGCAUCUCUUCCCGCUGUAUGCAGUGCCUGCUAUCAACACUGGCUCCAAGAACCUACGUGAGGCAUUGGGAUUGGCUGAUGACCCGGUCGUUGAGAUUAUCGCGUUGAAUGCGCGUCGCGGUUGGUGGCGUCGCUAUAACGGUGCCGAUGCACACUUCGGAGCUACUGCCGUUGAGUCUUGGGUUGAUAGUAUUCGGUUGGGCGAGGGUGCUAAGGAGAAGUUGCCGGAGGGCCUCAUUGUCAGUGCUGAGGCUCCGACUGAACCUGAGGCUGAGAUCAAGACUGAGGCGGACGCUGAGGUUGAACCUGAAGCCGAGCCCGAGGCUGAGACUAAGGCCGAGGGGCAUGAUGAACUGUGA